AAUUGCCCUUAAAAUUCGUGCACAGGACGUCAAAACAGGUGCCGGAGGUACUGUGAGUUCGUGUCAAAUCCCGACAACAGCUGAAACACGGCGUGCGAGAAGUAAAGAUGGAUUCCUCCGAACCCGCAACUGGGAUUACUGUGUCCGUUCCAACUCACCUACAGGAAACUCUUAUCAAUCUCGAUAAGUGCAAAGAAAAUAUACCCAGUUCUCUCCAUGAAACCAUACGCGACUUUCUUAACCCUGCUGAGGACCGGGAAAGGGAAGGUGGUUCCACACGAGAAAUAAGGCAUCACACUCUGCAUCAGAUAUCCCGGUGGGCUCAGUCCGAAGAAGGACGAUCUUCGUUGCGUUCUCAUGGUCUUGAUCCCGCCGACUACCUCCUCAUCUCUCUGCUCUCAGGAGUAACCUCAUUGCCUUUUACAAAUCCGCCUCCAUAUGACCCUGAUGCGGGAGACCCCAACAAGGCGUCACGUCGUGCUGCACAGGACCGCCGAGCGGUUGUUGCGCUUCUAAACGCGCUGUUCAGUAUCUUAGGUGUGGGGAUAGGAUCGUUCUGGAUCGCAGGAAGUGGGGGUUGGAAGCUGGAGCAUCGUACACUAUUUGCUCUGUUUACUGCAGUAGUAAUCGCCACCACUGAAGGCAUACUGUACCUCAUCUGGAGCAAUAGAGCGAGCCAGAAGGAUUCCCGGCGACGAAUAGCGAAGCGCUUGUAUACCAGGGUUUCAUCUAUAAAGGAUGACGACCCAGAUGAGGUGAUUGCGGAGAUACCUGAAUUAACACCAAAUGGUGGCACUACCCUUCGUAAAAGGAUUGGCGUACAGUCGGGGGGAAGCGAUUUCGGAGAUCUUGCGAGCUUAUGAUGUGUCAGCAAAGGCUGUCCCAAACAUCUGCUGUUUUAACCAGGCAAGAAUUCCCAUUACUGACCACCCUUUGAU